UUGUGUUCUGUUUGUUGUGAGGGGACGGAGGCCGCCAUCUUGUUCCCGGAGAUAGGAGCAGCGGUGCAUUACCCGUUACCGAAUAAAACUAGGGGACGUGUGUCCUCCGGGAGGAUUAGGGGUGUUGUACACAGCCACGGUGACACGCCCCUAGUGCCGGGACCGGCGCCCGCUACGCUCCCCUUGUGCGGCGAGUGUCCGGUUUUCGUUGCUCUGGAGGGAGGAUGAACGGAGGAUAAAUGGUGCCCAAACCGGACAGCGGCACCUUCCUCGUCCUUUUCCUGCUCGUGCUAACCCUGACCGAGCCGCUGCGGCCAGGUCCUCAAGUAGUUCUCGCAAGACUGCAAUCAGAAUUGCGCUGUACACAUGUGCAGUUUGCCUGCCACAGUGGAGCGAUCCAGUGUAUUCCUUUGCAGUGGCAGUGUGAUGGUUGGCCAACCUGCGAGGAUGAGAGUGAUGAAGUUAACUGUCCAGGAAUGGGAGGAGACCAAAGAGGAUUUCAUGGAAAGGAGAGCGUGGAGACACGACAUAGUCGUACCAGGAAUGGGGAAGGGCCUAGAUUCCAAACUGUUAACUUUGCCCAGCCUGUGCGUUUCAGUAGUUUCCUAGGGAAAUGCCCAUCAGGGUGGCAUCACUAUGAUGGGACAGCAAGCUGCUAUAAGGUGUACUCUGGUGAAAACUACUGGGAUGCUGUUCAGACCUGUCAGAAGGUGAACGGCUCUCUUGCAACAUUUACCACAGACUCUGAGCUAAAGUUUAUCUUGGCUCAAGAAUGGGAAAUGGAAGAAAGGCCGUUCUUAAGAAAGGACCAGAGGAGACUUUGGGUAGGUUACCAGUUUGUGAUCACAAACCGGAACCAUUCUGUGGAGGGACACUGGGAAGUGGCUUACAAAGGCUCCUCUGAAGUUUUCUUACCUCCAGUGCCUAUAUUUGGCAUGUAUGAUAAUGAGAACAUCCUUUGUGCCCAGCUGCAGUAUUUCUAUCUGCCAUCUCUCCGGCAUCAUGGACUCCAUAGCUGGUAUGCUGAGAACUGCUAUGAAAAGUCCUCCUUCCUUUGCAAACGCAGUCAGACCUGUGUUGAUAUCAAAGACAACAUUGUAGAUGAGGGCUAUUAUUUCACCCCAAAAGGAGAUGAUCCAUGUCUCAGCUGCACGUGCCACAACGGUGAACCUGAAAUGUGUGUGGCUGCUCUAUGUGAGAAACCACAGGGAUGCCAGCAGUAUCUCAAGGAUCCAAAAGAAUGUUGUAAAUUCACUUGUCUGGACCCUGAUGGAAGCAGUCUUUUUGAUUCAAUGGCCAGUGGAAUGCGUCUGAUUGUGAGCUGCAUCUCCUCUUUCCUUAUACUCUCUCUUCUGCUGUUCAUGGUUCAUCGGCUGCGUCAGAGACGGAGGGAGCGUAUUGAAUCUUUAAUUGGAGCAAACUUACAUCAUUUUAACUUGGGUCGCAGAAUGCCGGGAUUUGACUAUGGACCUGAUGGCUUUGGCACUGGCCUGACACCACUCCACCUUUCUGAUGAUGGAGAGGGUGGAGCCUUCCACUUUCACGAACCACCUCCUCCAUAUACUGCAUAUAAAUACUCUGACAUCCACCCCCCGGAUGGUCCACCACCACCAUAUGAAGCUUCAAUAUGUCCUGACAUUAUUCUUUGCUCCACAACUGAUCAAGUAACUCGGCAGUCAGCUGGGUUGGGGCAACUCUCCACAGCGAGCAGUAGCAGUGCCUCUUCGCCACAAACUACAGAAGAACCGCUGCCACCUGCAGUGCCACCGCUGCCUCAGCCGCAAAGUGAUACAGAAGACUCUGCAGACAGAAGCACAUCACUACUUGUUGCCCCUAAUAUUCUUCAAAAUGAAGCCUUCCCCAAUGCUGGUCAGUCUGGGCCCUCACCGAGUAACCGUUCUCUGAACACUGUUGUUUGAGAUUGGAUUGAGAGCGGCCCAUGACAUUGCAAACCUAAUUGAACUGUUGAAAGAAUUAGCUGAAAUAUUCUGAAAGAAGGCUCCUAGAUCACACAUCCUUAUUUUUUUGAAAAGAAAAAAUAUCAUUAACCCUCUUGCUACCUAAGGUGUUUCUGCCAUUGCACACAAAGCUACUGAGGGGGGUCAAGUGUUAAACAGGCGCGUUACACCAUGAUCUUAAAUUGAAUUAUCAUGUAAAUAUUACAUUUCGAGUGCUGCACUUUCUCCAUUCCCCCUUGAGUGUAUGUGUGAGAGUGUGAGGAGACGUGGUCUUCUGUAGAAUUUUUUAUACAUAUUUUUGAAUUUAUUGUACUUUUAUUUUCUGAAUUCAAUAACUUGCAAUAAUUGCGCAAGAGACUGCAUUCAUGGGACCCUCGUAUUCUGUAAACUCAGCUCCAGCACAAUGUAAAAGAAUGAAUAAAGCACAGGCAAAGGAGACAGAAUUUUUCGGAAUACUUUCACCGGAGUUUCAGCUGCCAUGGGGUCGUGGGCGGAAUUGGAUGUAGAACAUGCGCGGAACAUGCGAGACCUGCAAGGUGUGGAUAAUCUUGGGACCAGAAGCUUUUAAGAUACUACUUUCCCUUACUCAUGAACAAAGACUUUCUACUUCCACAUUCACAUCCGUGUUUAUAUUUUGCUUUAGUUCAGGUGAUAUACAGUGAUUUCCAUACGAAAUGCUUUAUUAACCAUAUCGUAGCAUGAUGACAUAUGAUAUGCUAGGGUUAUUUCAUUGGAAUGGAGGGAGGGGUUUGGGGUUUUAUAGCUGCAAAAAAAAAAAAAAAAAACAUUUUUUUCUCAAGGAGGUUUCCUAGUUUGAUGCCUGUCUAGGUAGAUUUUCCUCCUUUAGGCCUCAUGCACGUGCCCAUAUUUCUUUCCGCAUAAGAUCCGCAUUUUUGGUGGAUCAGAUUUGGACCUAUUCAUUUCAACGGGGCUGCAAAAAAUCCAGACAGCACACCACAGUCCCGCAACAAAAAUAUAACCUGUACUAUACUUGUCCAUUUUACGGACAAGGCUAGGAAAUUGCUAUAGAAGGGAGAAAGUAAAAUGGCGGCAUGCACGUGGUUGGUAGCCGUGUUUUGCAGAUCCACAGGUUGCGCACUGCAAAACGCAUAUGGUCGUGUGCAUUGGGCCUUAGUCGGAGACCUCACUGUUGAACUAGACUAGAAUGGAAUAUCAUGGCCUUGAUGUUAGAACACUGGGUUUAGACAAAUGAAAUUAUUUUGCAUAGAUUGUCAAUUUGGUUUGCCUUUUAAACAUGCGUUUGCUUGUUUGUAUGUUAAAAUUGAGUUGUUUUUCGUACUGGCACUUUCUAAUAGUAGACACUAAAUGGCUUCCCAGGACAAUAUACUGUACUACAGUUAAAUGGUCUUUAGAAAUGUCAGAGCUUAACAUUGUUGAAGACCUAAGCUG